AUGAAUGGCCUACUUCGACCUGUCAUCCUCAGCUCCCGCCCCCGCGGUCACAUCUCACCACACCUCCCCCACCACCUCAUCCGCCCUCGGCCACCACCAUCCCGCCUCCCCGCCGCUCGCCGCACCUACUACGGCUACCACGAGCCCUCUUCCAGCGCCGUCUCCGUCCUCUGGGGCAUCAUCGGCGCGAACACCCUCGUCUUCCUCGCCUGGCAAUAUGCGCUCCCCCAGCGACACGGCCUGGGUCCCUUCGCCAGCACAUCCGACCGGCGCCUUGCGCAGCGUCUCUCCCAGUCCUUCAUCCUGCACGCCAACGACCUGAAGCAGGGCCGUUAUUACACGACCCUUACCUCUGCGUUCUCACAGAUUGAUCCCUACCACUACCUCGGCAACAUGUUCAGUCUGUAUGCUUUUGGGUCAGUGCUGGCUGCCUGCCCCGGCGUCGGCGCCGCGCAUAUCACGACGCUGGCGCUGGGGUCGGCGAUCGCGGGCUCGGUGGGGUGGCUCACGCAUACGGCGACCCGGGCCGCAGCCCGGGGGCCCUGGGGGCAGCGCCAGCAGAUGGGCGCGCUGGGUGCGUCGGGCAUGGUGAUGGGGAUUGGGGCGGCGGCGGCGCUGAUGAGGCCAAGUGCCACGAUGUUGUUGAUGGGCAUCGUGCCGGUGCCGCUGUGGGCGUUAAUAGGGGGGUAUUUUGUGUUUGACUCGUUUUAUUUGGAUCGUGGGGGGAAUGUGGCGCAUGCGGGACAUCUUGGGGGACUGGCGUUUGGGGUCGCGUUUUAUUUGUUGCGGUUGAGGAGGUUUGGGGGGUUGCUUGGGCCGAAAGGGGGGAUUGGGGGGAGGGGUGCGGGUGGUUGGUGGAAUCGAUUAGGGAGACGUUAA